AUGAGUGCUCCUCUCACUCCCAACAGCUCUCCGAGAGUUCGCAGACGUGGCUCGACCCGCAGACCCCGAGCGGGCUCACAUCUCCCUCCCUUUACCCAAGAGAGCCAUGACGCUGCGCUCUAUGCAAUUAGGACAUACCUCAAGGGCCGGACGUCUUACGACACCUUUCCCGUCAGCUUCAGGUUGAUCGUCCUAGACUCCAAGCUAGAGGUCAAGAAGGCUCUUCAAUGUUUACUUCUCAAUGGUGUAGUCUCGGCACCAUUAUGGAACAGCGACAAGUCGUGCUUCGCAGGCAUGUUCACCGUCUCGGACAUCAUACAUCUCAUCCAAUACUACUACCGGAGCUCGUCGUACGAUGCAGCCGCAGCAGACGUGGAGACUUUCCGCCUCGAGUCAUUGAGAGGUCUGUCUAAGCAGCUUGGCGUCGCCCCUCCUCCUCUUCUCCGGGAACAUCCCUCUGCCUCGCUCUACGAUGCAGCCAAACUCUUGAUUCAGACUCACGCACGUCGUGUCCCUCUGCUAGACGUCGACUCCGAGACGGGCCAUGAAGUAAUCAUAUCCAUACUCACCCAGUACCGCCUCCUGAAGUUUAUAUCCAUAAACUGCGGGAGAGAGAUUCAACAACUUCACUUACCUCUCCGCCGACUUGGCAUUGGCACCUAUGUCAGUGCGCCACCUCUCCCCCCAGAUGUUGAACGUCCAGAAGGCUACAACCCUUUCCAUCCGAUCGCCACAGCGACUAUGAACACUACCGUGUUCGACGUCGUACACAUGUUUUCGGAAGGAGGCAUCUCUGCGGUUCCUAUCGUGGACGAGGAAGGAAUCGUGGUCAAUCUGUACGAGACCGUUGAUGUCAUCACUCUCGUUCGACUUGGCGCCUACCAGUCGUUGGACCUGACAAUCUCAGAAGCUCUGAACCAACGGUCGCCUGACUUUCCCGGUGUCGUCAUUUGCACUGCGUCGGAUUCUUUGGGCACGCUCAUGCAGCUCAUCAAGAAGCGGCGUGUACACCGGCUUGUGGUUGUGGAGGGUGAAGGCCGCUUGCUCGGUAUCAUCACGCUCAGCGACGUGCUUCGCUACCUCAUUGGCGAUGUAUAUAUUGGCGAGUCACUUCCGGAUCCUCCUCCAGCGCCUUCAGAGAUUCUCGCGCCGCCUCCCUCUGGCACUGCCCCUCCUCCCGCAGCGUCUUCGGGCCCAGAAGCGGCUGCGCCAUCAGAUGAGGCGCCAGCAAAUCCAGCCCCCGCGGGGGACACUGUGGAUACAGCGCCAGAGGAAAAGGCGGCAGAAGAGGCGCAAUGA